CCGUUUCCGUGGCGGCGGCGCCUCGGCGGCCUGGGGCUGCUGGCAGGGCCGCACCGGCACCGGCACCGGCACCGGCACCGGCACCGGCACCGGCACCGGCACCGGCACCGGCACGGGAACGGGUACGCGGCAGCGCAGGGGGAGCGCCCUGACGGGGCUGUGGCAUUGGAGGGGGCCUUGAGGUGGCAUCUGAGCUGCAGCUUCUUACCCCCACAGCCCCAUUGAUGAGGCCACAAAAAGCCAUGGCAGAAGCCACCGGGGAGCCCAGGCGAUCCCCUGCCAGCUCUGGCUGAGGCUCAGCGGGGCAGCUGUGCGAGCCUGAGUGCAGCCUGCUGGACCAGGACCCCCUGAGCACCCUCCCAGAGCGGGGGCUGCGUCCCCAGGACAGCCAUGGAGAAGAUGGCCAGGGUCACCACCGCCCUGGGCGGCAACACCCUGACGGGCCGCACCAUGUUCUGCCACCUGGACGCCCCGGCCAACGCCAUCAGCGUGUGCCGCGACGCUGCCCAGGUGGUGGUGGCCGGCCGCAACAUCUUCAAGAUCUACUCCAUCGAGGAGGAGCAGUUCGUGGAGAAGCUGAACCUCCGCGUGGGCCGCAAGCCCUCCCUCAACUUCAGCUGCGCCGACGUCGUGUGGCACCAGAUGGACGAGAACCUGCUGGCCACCGCCGCCACCAACGGCGUGGUGGUCACCUGGAACCUGGGCAAGCCGUCCCGAAACAAGCAGGACCAGCUCUUCACCGAGCACAAGCGCACCGUCAACAAGGUCUGCUUCCACCCCACCGAGGUCUACAUGCUGCUCAGCGGCUCCCAGGACGGAUACAUGAAGUGCUUCGACCUGCGCAAGAAGGACUCGGUCAGCACCUUCUCGGGCCAGUCCGAGAGCGUGCGUGAUGUGCAGUUCAGCAUCCGCGACUACUUCACGUUCGCCGCCACGUUUGAGAACGGGAACGUGCAGCUGUGGGACAUCCGCCGGCCCGACCGCUACGAGAGGAUGUUCACGGCCCACAACGGGCCCGUCUUCUGCUGCGACUGGCACCCCGAGGACAGGGGCUGGCUGGCGACGGGCGGCCGGGAUAAGAUGGUGAAGGUGUGGGACAUGAACACGACGCGGGCCAAGGAGAUCUACUGCGUGCAGACCAUCGCCUCGGUGGCGCGGGUGAAGUGGCGGCCGGAGUGCAAGCACCACCUGGCCACCUGCUCCAUGAUGGUGGACCACAACAUCUACGUGUGGGACGUGCGCCGGCCCUUCAUCCCCUCUGCCAUGUUCGAGGAGCACAAGGACGUCACCACGGGCAUUGUGUGGCGGCACCUCCACGACCCCUACUUCCUCCUCUCGGGUUCCAAGGACAGCACCCUCUACCAGCACAUCUUCAAGGACGCCAGCCAGCCCAUCGACCGGGCCAACCCCGAGGGGCUCUGCUACAGCCUCUACGGCGACCUGGCCUUCGCCGCCAAGGAGAGCCUCGUCUCCUCCGACUCCAACCGCAAGCCCUACGUCGGGGACCGCCGCCACCCCAUCUUCUUCAAGCGCAAGCUGGACCCCACCGAGCAGUUCGAGUACAUCUCGUCCUCCAGCGCCCUCAGCGUCUUCGAGACCGACGUGGAGAGCGGCGGCAUGGACUGGUUCGUGCACACGGCCAAGCAGUACGCGCUGGCCGGCCGCGCGCUGCCCGACCUCUGCGACCACAACGCCAAGGUGGCCAAGGGCCUGGACCGCAACCAGGUGGCACAGACAUGGACGAUGCUGCGGAUCAUCUAUUCCGGCCUCGGCACCGUGUCCUCUGCCAACCUCAACCACAGCCUGGGCAAGGGCAGCACUGCCCUGCCACUCAUCAACAGCUUCACACUGAAGGACAUCCCGGCGGGGCUGGGCAGCGAGGCCAGGCUGGAGCGCAGCAAAGGGGAAAGUCGCCCAGAGAACAUCCUCCUGGAUUCCUCCUCCACCCACAUCAACAACGAGGACAACGAGGAGACAGAGGGCAGUGAUGUCCCUGCUGACUACCUGCUGGGGGAUGUGGAAGCAGACGAGGACGAGCUGUACAUGAUGGACCAUGAGAACCCGCACGCUGAAGAGCAGGAGUACAGCCUUCCCCAGGAAGCCUUUCCCCUGCGCCACGAGAUCGUGGACAACCCCUCGGCCCUGGACCACCUGCAGGACAAAGCCGACUCCCCUCACGUCAGCGGCAACGAGGCCGAGACGGUGUCGCUGACGCCCGUGGAGUCCUUCUCCCUCAUCUCCAUCUCCCACUCGCUCUACGACAACCGCCUGCCCUCCGACUUCUUCAGCCCCAUCGUGAGGGACACGCUGCUGUUCUACGCCGAGCAGGGCGACGUGCAGACGGCCGUGUCCGUGCUCAUCGUGCUGGGCGACCGCAUCCGCAAGGAGAUCGAUGAGCAGACCCAGGAGCACUGGUACACCUCCUACAUCGACCUCCUGCAGCGCUUCCAGCUCUGGAACAUCUCCAACGAGGUGAUCAAGCUGAGCACCUGCCGGGCCAUCAACUGCCUCAACCAGGCCUCCACCACCCUGCACAUCAACUGCAGCAACUGCAAGCGGCCCAUGAGCAACCGGGGCUGGAUCUGCGACAGGUGCCGGCGCUGUGCCAGCAUGUGUGCCGUGUGUCACCGCGUGGUCAAGGGGCUCUUCGUGUGGUGCCAGGGCUGCAGCCACGGCGGCCACCUGCAGCACAUCAUGAAGUGGCUGGAGAGCAGCUCGCACUGCCCCGCAGGCUGCGGCCACCUCUGUGAGUACACCUGAGGGCAGGGGCCACAGAGCCCAGCCCUCCAGGGGCUCUGCCUGCACACACACACACACACAGACACACACACACACACACACAGACACACACACACACACGCCUUUUGUACUGGAUUAAAACACACCCCAGCACCCGAA